GCAGGUGCUGCGUGCAACGAUUGAAAUAAAUCGCACAGUGUACGCCCGGCUUUAUAAAUCACUGAAUAUCUUACCACCCAAAAACAUAGAUAUUUGUUGUAUAAACUGCUCAGGCCACUCCAGCCAUGUUCAGUUCUUCACCAAAAAUAUGUAAAAAUUGCUGUACAAUUUAUAUAGUAGUUAAAUACAUGUAAAUAUUGUAAUUGGCUCAAUAAGAAAAUGUUGUUCGAGGUAGUGAAGUUUUUCCUGUGGGACCAAUUCUCAGUCUGUGACAGCAAUGUUUGACUUUUUUUCAGUGUACCGUCCUGCUAUUUAUGAUAACCAGCAGCUUUACGUUUCUGGUUAUUAAUCCCAUUCUCCUUUAAAUUGCUUUUACAAUUCCCUGAGAAUGCUGCACUUGCCUGAAGACAGUUAUUUAUAAAUAGUUCCUAUUUCAAUAGAUUGUUAUGUAUUAGUCUUUUCUAGAGUUUUAUGGUGUAAAACAGAUGCUACUUUCCUUUCAUCUGUAGUUCUAUCAGCACUGAACAAGUUUACAAUGCGUGUGGUUUUAAUCCAUAACAGUUGCAUCUUUCUGAUCUUAGUCGGGACGGGAAACACAUCGAUUCCAGUUUUUCCUUCUCAGAUGACCAGCUUACUUUUUUGAUAAAACAAGCUAAGAAUCAAUUGAACUUUGCUCUCACUUACUUCCCAACAUACAAAAACACUCACAAAACUCAGCAAAGCAUAACAAACCAAACCCUGUAUGCAUUGAUUCCAACUUUGCUCGACUGUGACUUAUCGCUAUUUUGUGAGUUCUCAGAAACCUGCUGUGUGGAGUGUUUUGGAGACAGACUAUUGAACCACCUCCAGACAGAUAUUAAAAAGCUGAUGAUGAUGAUGGGCAGAGUUCAUAUUGGCUUUCACAUGACAAACAGUUAAGAUACACCCACAGUGACGGCACCUUUAUGGCUGCUGAAGAUCUUCAGUUUCCUCAGUUUGUGGGUGAAAAUGAUCAGGAACAACAUGACAUCCUUCCCUAAGCAGUCCUCCAUCACGCCUGCUGGAAAGAAGUCAACUCCUUCCUCCACAGCCAUCAGAAUGGUUUUAAUAGGGAAGACAGGAAGUGGUAAAAGCUCCACUGCCAGCUCCAUCCUGGGCCGGAAGGUCUUGGACCUGAAGCUCAGCAAUCCCUCCAUCAGCCAGCGCUGCCACAGGGCCAAUGGAGAAUUUCGUGGGCGACAGCUGCUGAUUCUUGACACACCUGGUGUAUUGGACACUCAUCAGACUCUGCAGGAUGUGCAGCGGGAGCUGAGGAGGAGCGUCAGCCUCCUCUUCCCCGGACCACAUGCUUUCCUGAUUGUUAUCCAGAUCGGAAGGUUCACUCAGGAAGAGAAGGAGGCGGUGCGACACAUCAGGGAGGCAAUGGCCCCCCAUGCCUUGAGCUUCUCAGUGGUGGUUUUUACUCAUGGAGACCGACUGGAAGAGGGCGCAUCCGUGAAACAUUGCCUGAUAGACCAGUGUAGAGACCUGGCCGAGCUGGUGGCCGGAUGCGAGGGAAGGUACUGUGUCUUCAAUAACCAGAACCUUAACAACAAGGAGCAGGUCUCUGAGCUGAUUGCUUUGGUGGAAGGCAUGAUGCAGGAUCACGGGGAGAGCUACUAUAACAGCAGAAUGCUUCAGAAAGCAGAGGAAGAUCUGGCACAUCGGCUGGAAGAGCAGAGUAAGCUGCUCGCUGAAAAGAAUGAGCUGCAGAGACAUAAGCAGGACAAUACGGUGAAGGAGUGGUAUGAAAAAGAGUUAGAGAAAAGCAAGAGGGAAAUGGAGGAGCUGAGGAAAAAACUGGAGCUGGAGAAAGAGAAGGAGGAGAAACGGGUGGAAGAUCGGGAGAAGGCCAUAAGGCAGGAGAUUGAGAAGAAGACGCAAGAGGUCCUGAGACUGACAGAGAUGGAGAAGAAGAAAAGAGAGGCUAUUCAGGACAGGCUCGAUAAAGUGAGCCGAAUGUUGGAGGAGCAGGUUAAGCGGGAGGAGAAGAUGAGACGAUCCAUGGAGGAGAAGAUCCAGAAGGACAGAGCAGAAAAUGAGAGGAAAGAGAGGGAGUGGCAGCUUCAGCUCAUCCGAAUGGAGCAGGCCCUCAGGCAGAGAGAGGAGAUGGAGAAGGACACUCUGCAGGGAGAGCUGGACAAACUCUGCCAGAGGCUAGAAGAGCUGACCAAGAAGGAGGAGGAGAGAAAGAGGCAAAUGCAGGACGUUCUCAGGCGGGAGCGGGAGGAGACUCAAAGGGAACUGGACCUGCAGAUGGAGCACCUGCGAGCAGAAAAACGCAAAACUGAGGCCUUCAAACGGGAGCUGAAGUUCCUGAAGAUCAAAAUCGAGCAGCAGAAAGAGUGUGAAGAACGUUUGAAAAAACUCCUAGAUGAGAACCUGCUGAAAGAGAGGGAAAACUGUGACAAGCAAAUCUCCUCGCUGAAGAGGCUGUGUGGCCAAAAGUGCGCCGAGAUACUCGAGAAGAGAGCUGCGGAGCCCCCUAACAGAGCAAGAGGUGUGGUCGGAUAUGUGCAGGAAAUGGGACUGCUAGGUCUGAACGCAGCUCUGGAGAAAGUCGGAACUCCAUGCAGCAUUCAGUGACGAGUCAAAACUAUAUUCCUGAUAUUCCUGCCUUCAUGUCCUGUUUGCUUUGAUGGUAAAACACAUCUGUACAGGAAACCAAAAUGAAAUACUUCGUGCAAGUCCAAGUUCAGACAAAUGGAUAGACGAGUCUUUGAAAAUCUAUUUUCUAUUGUUUUGUUCCGGAUUCUCAGUUACAAUCGUAUCUUAAAUUUUAUUCUAACAUGCUUUAACCUAACUACAGGCCUGCAACCUAUUAAUUUGUUAAGAUUAACCAACAUUUUUAUGAUAUACACUCCAACCAGCUUCCUUUUCUCAGCUGACAACAUGAUGCUUCCACUUCCGUGUUUCAUUGCAGAGAUUGCGAGUUAUUCUGGAUGCUAUUGAUUGUAAUUUAAGGAAUCCUAAUAAAGGGGUUGAGUAUAAACUUGUGUCUCAAUUUCUGGGUAUCACACACAUCUUGUUAAAUACACUAAAGUGUUGAGGUGAGAAAAGAUGAGAAGAAAUAAAAAAUUGGUAUAAAUGCUUGGCUAGACUUUCUGUAAUUGACUGAACCAAUUACACACAGUCAGGAGAAUAACUACCCAUGUGAAGGAAAUUUCAUUCCAACAAAUGGAUGUGAUUCCAGUGUGUGUCCUAAAUCAGCAAAUGCACAAACGCUCAGAAAUGAAGGAGAUAAUCUGAUUAUGUAGUCUCUACCCUCACCCCUGUGCUGUUCUCCCUGUGUCCAUUAUUUAAAUCUGUACUCAAACCAAACGCUGCUGCCAUUAUUCAAAGAACAAACAUCUCUCUAAGGGUUGAUUCUGUGUUUUUUUAAACAUACUGUGAUC